AACAACAAUACUCAAAUGAGUUCAUCUCUUCCAAACCACUCGCCGGAAUCCUCCAUCGGUUCUUCGCCGGAGUUUUCCCCUUGGGACACCAAUUCCCUCCCCUUUAAUGAAAACGAUUCAGAAGAAAUGCUUCUUUUCGGCCUCCUAACAACCGGCUUCGACACCACCACAUCUUCCGACGAAGUUACCUCAAGAUCUUUAAAAACACCCACCAAAAUCACCCCAUUCAGAGGGGUCAGACGGCGGCCGUGGGGGAAAUUCGCGGCGGAGAUCAGGGAUUCCACCAGGAAUGGGGUGAGGGUGUGGUUGGGUACUUUUGAUAGUGCAGAAGCCGCCGCUUUGGCUUACGACCAAGCUGCUUUGUCGAUGAGAGGUUCGUCGGCGAUCUUGAAUUUUCCGGCGGCGAAGGUGAGAGAAUCUCUGCGUGAGAUGAUGGAUGUCAAAAGGGUGGCAGAUGGCGGUGGUUCUCCGGUGAUGGCAUUGAAGAAGAGGCAUUCAAUGAGGAGGAGAGAUGCCAACAAGAAGAGCAGAAGAAACAGAGGAGAAGAGAAGGUGGUGUUCGAGGAUUUAGGGGUUGACUUUUUGGAGCAAUUGUUGACUUCUUCAAUAGAAAAUAAGAGUUGCUUGUAAGUUGUAACUUUUUUUUUUCUUUUUCACUUUCUUGUAAAAUCAAUUAUU